AGUUUUUGUUAGCCAUUGAUGGCUUCAUAUGGCUGAGCUGUAUGCUAUUGGCCAAAUCAUCGGGGCGGACCGAUUCCCAAGAUCAACAUUAUUCUGUAAAUGGAGCAUCUUUGCAGGUAGUGGUUGGAAACUCAUAGAAGGCCACAAAGAGGGUCAGACCCAGAUAGAUAACCCCGAUUUUGAGAAUUUCACGUACUGGUGCCACCCUGUUGACGUGCAUUACGCUACAAAAGGUAUUCAAGGCUGGCCAAAGCUGCACUUCCAGGUGUACCACUACGAUGAGCAUGGCCGCAGCGAACUGUGUGGCUACGGAGUCUGUCACUUGCCCACAAGUCCUGGUACUCACAGGCUAGAGUGCUGUACUUGGAGACCAAUUGGUACUUAUAAAGAAGAGUUCCAACAAUACUUUCUCGGCGGUGGAGUCCAACUGCAAGACCCUGAGCUGGUUUAUUCCGGCUGUAACCGGUACAAACUUCACACUCAGACAAUGGGAACAGUUCAUGUGGAAAUGAGUAUAAUACUUAGGAACUUUGAGAAGUUUGGGAUAGAGUCAUGAG